AUGGACCAUCACUGCCCGUGGCUGUCCACCUGCCUGGGGUUGCGGAACUACAAGGCAUUUGUCCUCUUUCUCAUCUAUACGUCUCUGUUCUGCUGGGUCUGCUUUUUCAAUGCCGCCUGGUGGAUGUGGAAGGAGCUGUUCGAGCAAAGUGGCUAUCUCGACGAAGUCGCCCCCAUCAACAUCAUCCUCCUUUCCGUUAUUGCCGGAAUCAUCGGUCUGGUACUGAGUGCGUUCACCAGUUGGCAUAUAUAUCUCUGCACCAAGGGGCAAACGACCAUCGAGAGACUUGAGAAGACGAGAUACUUGAGCGGUGUCAGGACUCUCGUGGAACGAAAUCGCCAGGAGCAGCAGCUGAACCACAGCAGACGCAGCUCUGAAGGUGUUGCGGGGAGGUUGCAGCGUGCUGGUGAGCAGUUUCUCGAGUGGAACGCCAAUGCUGUCCCAGGGGCUUCACGGUACGAGGAAGGUGAAGAACAUACGUCGCCCGUCCCGAGUGUCUACAACACGACACGUCGUGAGAACCCUUAUUCUCGAGGUCCGGAUCUGUCCGCCGAUCCUGGCCACCAACACGAUAACCCUUUCAACGACACACCAGCCGUUCGUGCGUUGCGAAAUACCUACACCCACAUGGAGGCUGCCCGCGAGCGGGAGAGAUAUACUCAAUAUCUGGAUGAGCAAGAGUCCGAGAAAAUGCCCAAUGCAUUCGAUCUGGGCUGGCGUCGGAAUCUGAGCCAUUUAUUUGGCCCGAAUUGGUUUCUCUGGCCCUUUCCAAUAUGUAAUACCACGGGUGACGGAUGGCGGUGGGAAGUCAGCCCGAAAUGGAUGGCGGCGCAAGAAGAAGCGGUGCGGAGGAAAGAGCAGAGAUUAGUGGCGAUGAUGGAUCAUGAUCCUCCUUCUAACGGCAGAGGCGAUCGUGGCUAUGGAUAUCAAGAGUACGAGCGAGAUCGAGACCGUGAUUACACCAUCAACUUGGGCGAAAGCCACGAGACUGCUGGUGAUAGGGACGAGGACCUGUACUCCCGCAGUGCCAUGUCCAUGAAGCAUCUCCCUCCCAACCCAAUGAAUGCGUCAUUCUCGAUAGCAGCAGCCGAUCAGACCAAGAGAAGACAACGGAGAGACUUCGACCAGGAUGAGGCCUUUGAGGUCAGCAGUGGCGACGACGAAGACAGCGACUCAGAUAUUGGAUACGACAUUACAGGCAACGACGAUGAUGCGGAAAGGGGCUGGGUCCGAAGGAACCGUGCCGGCAGAGGGCGAUGA